AUGCUAGAUCAAAACAUCAUAACUCCUUCAAAUUCACCAUGGUCCUCUCCUAUUUGGGUCGUUCCCAAAAAAUUAGACGCGUCAGGGGAACGUAAAUGGCGUGUCGUGAUCGACUAUCGUAAACUCAAUGACGUCACCAUCGGAGAAACAUACCCUAUUCCUCAAAUAACUGAAAUCCUUGACCAAUUGGGGAAAAGCCAAUACUUAACUACUCUAGAUCUUGCAUCAGGAUUCCAUCAAAUCCCUGUAUCAUCUGAAGAUGCACCUAAGACUGCCUUCUCAGUACCUCAAGGUCACUUCCAGUUCACUAGGAUGCCCUUUGGCCUUAAAAACGCUCCAGCUACCUUCCAAAAACUCAUGAAUACAUGCCUCUCUGGUCUCCAGGGCUCCCGCUGUUUCGUUUACCUCGACGACAUAGUUGUCUAUUCUCACGAUCUUAACUCUCAUAUACAAAAUCUUGCCUCUGUCUUCAGUAGAUUAAGAAACUACAACCUUAAGCUUCAACCCCACAAAUGCGAAUUCCUAUGUAAAGAAGUCGCUUAUCUGGGACAUCUCAUCAACAACGAUGGCGUAAAACCAAACCCAGAGAAAUUAAAAGCAAUUUCCGAAUUCCCUGUUCCCAAAUGUGCUAAGGACAUAAAAUCUUUCCUCGGACUGGUCUCUUACUAUAGACGGUUCAUGCCCGACUUCUCCAAAUUAGCCAAACCUCUUACUUCACUCCUUAAAAAGGAUACUCCUUUCUGCUGGAAAAAUGAACAGCAAUUAGCCUUCGAAGUACUUAAAGAAAAACUUACCACUUCACCAGUCCUGGCAUAUCCAGAUUUCUCAAAACCUUUUAUACUAACUUGCGACGCUUCUAAUUUCGCUAUUUCAGCAAUCCUAACCCAGGGACAAAUAGGUAAAGACCGUCCUAUAGCCUUCGCUUCCCGCACUUUAAACAAAGCAGAGUGCAAUUAUAGCGUGAUUGAAAAAGAGUGUCUCGCUAUCGUUUUCGGAACCAAAGCAUUUCGUCCUUAUCUUUAUGGACGCACUUUUACCAUCGUCACGGACCAUAAGCCUCUACAAUGGCUGUUCAGUUGCAAAGACCCAGGAUCCAGACUAAUCCGUUGGCGACUCAAACUUGAAGAAUUCGACUAUACCAUCGUCCAUAAAAAGGGUAAAAUUAACACCAACGCUGACGCUCUCUCCAGAUUUCCUGUUAAUCCCAUUCAACACCCAGAGUCCCAAGUGGAAAAUCAUUUCCCUCCUUCAUUCGACCAUAUCACACCCGAAGAAUUAGAAAGACAGCUCCCUUCUAUACCUAAUCCCGAUAGCAAUGAAACACCUUUAAUUGACCUCCUCGAAGAUCUCGAAAUUCCCCUAAAUAAUAGUCCUAUCCUACAGCCAACUAAUGACACUAAUCCUAAUCCUUCUAGUUCAGUAGAUCCUCAACCCUCUACAACCGAUCAAAUCUUUGACUUUGACGAUUUCGGUCUCCGAGACGUAGGUGCUUACGGUGACGAUCUCAAUAUUAACACUGAUUCACUUAAUCUGCCUACACCUCCACCUGAAAAUCUACCAAUUCCGCCAAACCAACUUCCAACUCCCUUCCGUCACUCGCCGAUACCUGAAAAGUCUCCUAUCCCGUCGAAUCAACCAAGUUUACUCCAACUGUUCCCACACCUGAACCAGAAAAUGAAAAAGUAA